AUGGGGUUCUGGCUGUAGUAGCGAAUGUGAGUGCUCAAAUGGGGCAACUUGCGAUCGUCUCACUGGAUUCUGUGAUUGCCCGGCUGGAUUCAUGGGAAAAAACUGCGAAACAGAGAGAUUUUGAAAACUUGGACCAUUUCUUUUUUUCCGAAUCUUGCCACAAAUUUUUCUUCGCUAUUAAAAUGAACCAAUGUUUAGAAUGUCCACCAAGCCUAUGGGGAGCCAACUGCAUUCAUCAUUGCUUGUGCAUGCAUGAUGGUAGCUGCAAUUCGAAAACUGGAGAUUGUACCUGUGCUGCUGGAUGGACAGGACCCGCAUGCGAGUUUUUGUGCCCAUUCGGACAAUAUGGAUUGAACUGUGAACUACGAUGUGACUGCAUGAAUGGUGCUAACUGCAACAGAACAACAGGGCAAUGUGAAUGUCUGCCUGGAUGGAGAGGCGAAAGGUACGGUAGGGCUAAUUUUUUGAGGAAGCAUCUAGGCAAAAUCUGUGCUUUCCCGAUUAGUACCUAGUU